CCGAGUGAGCACGUUUGUUUUGUUUUCCAUGCGGUGUGCGUGCGACUGAAUUUUUCACAAUAUUCUUAGCAGCAAAAAUAAGUGCUAGAAAUAAGUACAAACCCGUAGUGAACAUGGGAAAAUUCCGUUCUAAACUGAAGAAAAAAGUAGGUACCAAACGAUGGGCUCGCGGUCAAGCUUCCAACUCGAAUCCGGAAUCGAACAAGCACCGAGCCAAAGCGAAGAGUCGCUUUUUUCAGGCAAACCUUAGCUUGGCACCGGCAGCACACACUGCACUGGCUAACCAGGCCAGCAAGUUAACGCUGGAAGCGGUGUUGAAACACGAUGCCGUUCAAUCGUACAGCAGCACGAAAGAGGGUGGUCCAACGGUGAAUGAUUUGGCCGCCAGUAUGCGCUCGUUCAGCAUAAACGAUGCCCUGGCGGAUGGAGAUGGGAUGACCGAGUCGCAGCUCGGAACGUUCAAAACCUUUCAGACGUUUGCCUCGAACUGGAGCGCGUGCAGCAAUAUGAGCUUCAAGAAGCUGCUGAAUAAUUUUCGGGCCAACUCUCAGCUGCAGAAGGAUAUGCUGGCGAUUUUGGCGGCCCUGACGGAGGUUAUUAAAGAGAAGGGUGGAUCGCAAAGCAGCACCGAAUACUUUCUUGGUUUGAUGGAAACAAUUGAUGCGACUAAAGAGGAAGCGGAUACCGUUGCCGCCGUUUCACUGCUAUCGAUGGGAAUAAAGUCAGUUCCGGAGGGUGUUUUAAGGAAGAAGUUUUCCGAAACCGGACAGACUCUUUUGAAUCUUUUAGAACGAUAUGCGGAUUCGGAUAAUCAGAACAUCGUACGUAGUAUCAUCGGGUGUCUGUCGGUACUGUUGAGAGCUCAGGAGUACUCUCAGUGGAAACUGUCGUCGACGUUAAAAUUCUUUGAUUCGGUUUUGGCGUUUGUUAUUCACACUAAGCCAAAGGUGAGGAAAGCAGCUCAGCACGCAGUUGUGGCAAUAAUACACGGUAGCUGUUUUAUGCUUCCGCCUAAGAUUGAGUCCAAGGAUAUCGAGGAAGGAUCAGAUGAGAAAAUGGAUGACGGAGUGGCAGCGAAACCACUGGUCAAGUGUCAUCCGAUUGGAGGUCGGGUGGCUAAGUUCUGUGUGGGACAGUUUAAACCGGAAAACAUUGGAAACAAUCAAACGCUUGUCCUUCACACGCUGGGUUUGCUUCAUAAUGCGCUACCCGGAUUUUCAAAGGACGAUAUUAAGUUGAUUGCGGAGAGUUUGCUUUCGAUUAUGACUGCCACGAAUGUGCUGAUCAGGACUAACUGCUUCCAAACGUUCCAUUCACUGUUCUCGUCGAAAACGGAGAAUUUGGUUCCGGUACUGGCGGGGAAGCUGAUAGCUGCUUUGUACGAUUACAGACCGGAUAAGUCGGAUUCUAAGCAAACGAUUGCUUGGUUGACCGUCAUCAAGGAAGGUCAUCUUUUCUUGGCCAAAUAUAAUCUGACCAUGUGCAGCAGUGCGCUUCCAAGGUUUGUGGAUAUUUGUACGCAUGAUUUUUGGGGAUCUAACAAAAUGGAGGUGGUUUCGUGUGCCUCCAAUGCUUUGAAGGAUAUUUUGUACGAAUGUGUACAGCCUUGUUGUGAAGAUGAGGAAGUCGAUAUACAUCGAGUCUCGAUAGAACGAGUGUUGAAAUCCAUAACGGAUGUUCUCAGUUCGGCACCUUUUGGACACGCUUCUAAUCAGGUAUUGAUUAUCUUGGCAAUUGCCUUCGAUAUUGCGGGAUGUCACUUUGGAUCAACACUGGCUCCUGCCCUGAAGUCCUUGGGUAAUCGCUACGAUCCUCAGUCAUCUAGCCGGAUUCAGAUUGAGCAUGCAGUGCUGCAAGCAAUUGGUUCGAUGGACACAGGUUUGAUUCUGGAAUGCAUUCCUCUAGCAGACGCGUCUGGUAAAAUUGAUUUGGAUAAAACGUGGAUGCUGCCACUGAUCCGUGAAGGUCUGAACCAAUCUCGGUUGGAAAUUUUCAACAGCGUCAUUCUAAAGUUAGCCUACCAGUGCUAUGUCCUUUGGAAUAAAUUUAAAGAAUCCGACAACAAGCAACAGGCGCACAUCUUCGAACUACUCUGCUGUCAGCUGUGGGGUUUGUUUCCCGGUUUCUGUCGUCGCCCGAAAGAUGUUCACAAUUUUCGUCACAUCGCCAAAACUCUCGGUACCGUGCUGAACGAAAAUCCAACUCUUCGUUCCUCAAUCUUGGAUGGGUUGAAGGAACUAAUCACGAAUCUUGAAUCGGAUUCGGACAAAGCGGAAGUUGGCAAAUAUGCAAAGAAUUUUCUGCCCCGUUUAUUCAACAUCUACACUACGAAACCGAAAGGAAGCUAUGAAAACGAAGUCCGUCAGGUUGCUUUCGAAGUGAUCCGGGUUUAUCUCGCCAUAACCCCCAAACCGGUGCUCGAUGAAAUGCACUCGGCGGCACUGGAGCAGCUAACCACCAAGGCUCCCGGAACGUUCAUCUACGACAUGCUGUUCGAUGUGGUGGAACAGCUUUCGCUGCACCAAUCGGCCGAUAAGUUGGAUGACAUCUAUCAGCGCUACAUCGUGGUUAUUCUGAAGCGUGACAAGACGCAGGAGACGGUAGCGAAAACUAACGCCAACGUUCGGCGACAGAUGAAGAAGGCCUUCAAGCUGCUGCGGGAGAUACUUGCCUCGGAGAAUGCAGGCUGUCGGGAAUUUGUCGAAGCGAAGCGGGGUAACGUGGAGAAGCUGUUACUGGGAACGCUUCAUUCGACCUUUGAAGGGAUUCAGGCACCUCGGUUGGCAUGCCUUAAGUUGCUCAUCGAGAAGAACCCGGAUAUAAAGAUCACCAACAAAAUCAUCACUCGAACCGUACCGGAAGCGAUAGCCUCGUACGGCGUGGAAGCCGUCAAGCAAGAAAAUUUGUCGAACGAUUUGAUCGAAAUGAUCGGUUCCAUGUACAAUAACGAAGGCAAACUGAACGAAUUUGAAAACCUAGUGAUAGCCGGUCUCGUCGGUGACAGUACACUAAUCACCAACACUAUAUGGGUUCUGAAGAAUAUUCUGCAGACGUUCACCGGCUCGCUAACGGUAGAUUCUUUAAAGUUCAUGCUGGAACAAGUUCUAACCAUACUGAUGGGCCACAACCGGUCUGAGGUGGACGCCGCACUCAACUUUCUGUUACUGUACAUCAAAAUACUGCCGGUACCGAUGGUCACCAACUAUUUGCAGAUGAUUAUGAAGGCACUCUCCUCAAUGGUACCGGAUACGAAACGUCACUGUAGGCUGCUGAUUGGCUAUACGUUGAAGCGGCUCGCCAAACGAUUUGGCGCGGAAGAAAUCGUUAAGCUCGUUCCCGGCAACGACGAGGUAACGCACAAGCGACUGAAGAAAAUCCGCAAGGAGCUGGCUCGUGCCAGACGGAACAAGCUUGAGGAUCAGAAAAAGCAGCGAAAACGAGGCGUUCAAAAUGAUGACGAUAGCGACGAGGAGGAUGAUUUGGCUGGACAUCUGGAGAAAAAGAGUCUGACUAUUGACGAUAUAUUGGCUGAUUCAGAGUCCGAUUCCGAUUCGGGCGUAGAAGACGAAAGAAAAGCCAGGAAAAAGAUGAACACUUACAUCAAGGAAUCUCCCGAGAAUAUCGUCGAUUUGGCGGAUCUGGAUGCCAUUAGCAAAGUUACCACAUCCGAACCAUCCAAACAAUCGGAACCAAGCAGUUCCCAGAUCAGGAAAAAGAAGGACCCUAAUCGGGGAUUCGCCACCGCUUCGGACGGUCGGUUGGUUAUCGAAGACAUCGAGGACUAUUCCGAUUCGGACGAGGAUCCCGAUGAAAACGUCGGCUACAAGGAGAAGGCUAAAAAGCGUGUGUACGAACAGGAGGAUAGCGAUAGUGGCGAGGAAGUUGCCACGGAUGAAGCCGAAGCGGGGCCAUCGUCUCGAAAGCGCAAGGCAAUGGAAGCGAUGAGCGUUCGGUCCGGUAUGAGUACCGGUAGCAGUCGUUACGUGGCCGGUGGUAAGGGUAUUCAUCGACCGGUGGCGGCAUCGGUGAAAUCCGGCUACACCAGCCGGUCGGCGGCCAAGUCGAGCAAGAGUACCAAGACGUACGCCUCGACCGGUACGGACUACAAGUCCAAGAAAGCGCAAGGUGAUAUGCUGAAGAAGGGCAAACAUGAACCGUUUGCCUAUGUUCCGCUGAGCAGGAACUCUUUAAAUCGAAGAAAACGAGCCAAAAACGCUGGUCAGUUCAAGAGUAUUGUUAAGGGAGCCCGAAAAGGUGCCGCUGCUGGUGCAAAAAAUCGAGCGAUGAAAAAGUCCGAUAACAAACGAAAGUGAGAAAACCAUCCAGAUCAAGAUUUUUAUUUCCGUAAUUAUGUUCAGUCAUUGAGGGGCAGUCUACAUUGAUUAAAUAAUUUCUCUACGCUUUGCAUUGAGUUGGGUCACGAUCACUAAAGAUACGAUACAGAAUGUAAAUAAACGAAAAUUACUUAAAUUCUAA